AUGCCCAUCCGCAGGGCUUUAGACCUAGUGUCGGGGGCUGUGAUCCGUGCCGCGCUGACCCUGGGCAUCCCAGAGGACUGUGAUGAGGGCGACCUAAGGUCCCUGGAGGCCACCCUAUGGGCCAUGGGCCACUUUACUGUGGUGGGCAAAGUGUUUCAAGAGGAGUAUAAUGCCACAGUGGCCCUGAUUGAAAUGGACUAGGAAGUCAACUGUGCUUUGGUCCCCAGGGAAAUACCAGGCACCCAGGGCCCCUCGUAUGUGGUCUCUGUAACCUGCUUCUCGGGUGAGGAAUUUCUGGGUUGAGCAUUCCACUUUCUGGAACACCAAGGGCAGCCAGUGGAAGGCAUGGCUGGUGUCUUGGGUCUGGGCCUGCCAGGGGUGACCUGGCUCAGAUCCAUUAGCUCCAUUAGUCAGGCCAUCCAGCCCUGGGUGGAGGCAGUGAGGUUCCAGAGACUGGGCGGGAGCCACCAGCCCCCCUGGUUAGAGCACACUGCUCACUUAUUCUGCGUGUAUGACAGGGAGAGGAGCAGGAGGCUGCUGGAAGGCUUGCAUGAGUCCCCUGAGCUGGUACAGGGACUCCUGGAGGGGAGCCCUGCCAGGACGUGCCUGGCAGCCCCAAUCCCAGCAUUUCGAGAUGAGUCCCAGGCCACCUUCUGAAUGAAGUGUUUGACCGCCUUCGUGUUGCAGCUGGAAGUCACACUGCAGAAAGGCAUCGCCAAGGAGUCCCUGGCCAGGGCCUCUGGCCAUGUGUGCCUGAGGUGGAUGCUCACCGGGGCCGACCUGACUGAGCCUCUGGAUGAAGUCACAGGGAGGCUGAGGGCCAGCAGCAGGCCUUCAGCUUUUGUGGAGAUACUGAGGCUCGUUCAGGAAUCUGAGGCCAGGCUAGCCUGGGACAGUACAGCCCAGGAAGAGGACAGGGCUGCUGCUUGUGCUAAUGCCCAGGCUGAUGCCAACAUCAAAGCAGAGAAGGAGAAGGUGGAGGAAGGAGAGGAGGUGGAGGAGCAGCAGGCUGAGGAGUCCAUUCCUGAGGGACUCAAGGCUGUCCUGGAAGAGUUGGGAAACAACCAUGAGGCUGGGGGGAUGAGCCACCCCGAGUCCUCCUCAAGAGAAUAGGCUCAGAAUGCCCAGGGGCCGCCU